AGUUAUCUCAGUCCAAGCCGCUUUUAGCGUCCGUGAGACCUGCUGCUGGCAUUUGGCCAUGGCAGAGGAGGAGCAAGCGGCUAAGCGGCGCAAGGCCCUCGCCAGACUCGACUCGCAGGCCUUUCAGCAGAAGUCUGUCUACGCAGACACCAACGGGGUUCCAAGGUCCGGGACACCAGGUCGAGUUCUGCAUAUUGGCCUGGCUGACGGGGAGAUCGCCAACCGGAUUGUGGUCGUUGGACACCACUCCAGAGCUGAGCUGCUGAGUGGCUUCUUGCAACCGGAGAACGGCAACGGCAUUUUCAAGCUGGCCUCUGACCGCGGCUUUCUGACCUACACGGGCAUGUUUGGAGGCCAAAGGCUGAGCGUCGUUUCCAUCGGGAUGGGCCUUUCCAUGAUGGACUUCUUUGCGCGAGAGGCGCGGGCGGUGGUGAAGGGCAACAUGGCAGCGGUGAGGCUGGGCACGUGCGGCUGCCUGCAGGAUUGGGUGAAAGUGGGCAAUGUGAGCGUGGCUUCGCAGGGUUCAGCGCUAGUACAGCGGAACUACAGCCAUUUUGACGGCAGCGCAGCUGACGUCAAGCCAUACCUACUGACAGAACUGUGCCUGCCUGAUGAUGAGCUCAAUGCUGCAGUGGUUGGCGCAUUGCGAGACGCCAUGGGCGCAGACAAGGUGGUGGAAGGAGUCAACAUCACGGCUGAUUCGUUCUACUCUUCUCAAGGACGAGCAGAUCCAGCCUUCAACGAUGAAAAUUCUGACCUUGUGUCAGAAGUCCUGGCGAAGUAUCCGAAUGCAAUCACCAUGGAGAUGGAGACUUUCCAGCUCUUCCACCUUGCUCGCAGCUGCCUGCCGAAGGGCAGCUUCAGAGCAGCUGCUGCGGUGGUCAACGUGGCGAACCGCCCCACAGGCGAUGUCGUGGGAGAGGAAGCCCUCCGCACGGCUGAGAGUGUGGGCGGGAAGGCCCUUUUGCAGGCCUUAUGCAACCUGCAGCUAUGAUUCAAUUGGAUCUGCGCAGGAUCAAUUGUGGAUGCUG